AUUCCCAGAGUCCUUUGCGCUUCCUUUUCCAGCAUCGCCUAAGAUGAUGGCGGCCGUGGUUGCGGAUCCGACAGCGGAUCCGAAGCAGACUCAGGAGCGAGAGCUGAACGGAGAGGCGGAGUACCGAGAAGAGGCAGAACCUUUGGAGGAGGCAGCCAAAAAGAAGAAGAAAAAGAAAAAGAAGAACAAGACUGCGAGUGCAGGUGAUGAGCUGGAGGCGGACGGAGUGCCUGAAGUGGCCAAACAGCUGCAGAAGCAGACUAUAGAGGACAAAGAGAAGGAAGAUGAUGCAGAAGAAGAUGGAGACGAUGGGGAAAACUCUGCAGGGAAAAGGAAGAAGAAGAAAAAAAAGAAAAAGGGGCCCAAAAGUCAGACUGACCCUCCGUCUGUGCCCAUCUCUGAGUUAUACCCAAGUGGAGUGUUUCCCAUUGGACAGGAGUGUGAAUAUCCAGUGUUACAGGAUGGUCGCAGUGCGGCGUGGCGAAUGACCAGUGAGGAGAAGCGGGUGCUGGAUAAAGCAAACGAGGAGGUGUGGAACGACUUCAGACAGGCAGCUGAGGCACACCGACAGGUCCGGCAGCACGUCUGCAGCUUCCUCAAACCCGGCAUGACCAUGAUUGAAAUCUGUGAGCGGCUGGAGACCUGUUCACGGAAACUGAUCAAGGAGAACGGGCUGAACGCCGGCUUAGCCUUCCCCACAGGCUGCUCCCUCAACCACUGUGCCGCCCACUACACGCCCAACGCCGGAGACCCCACCGUCCUGCAGUACGACGACGUCUGCAAGAUCGACUUCGGCACGCACAUCAACGGGCGAAUCAUUGACUGUGCCUUCAGUGUCACGUUUAACCCAAAGUUUGACAAACUGCUGGAGGCCGUUAGAGACGCCACCAACACCGGAAUCAAAAACGCUGGAAUCGAUGUGCGUCUUUGUGAUGUCGGCGAGGCCAUUCAGGAAGUGAUGGAGUCCUACGAGGUAGAACUCGAUGGCAAAACGUACCAAGUGAAGCCGAUCCGAAACCUGAACGGUCACUCGAUUGGUCAGUACAGAAUACACGCUGGUAAGACGGUGCCCAUCGUUAAAGGAGGAGAAGCAACAAAAAUGGAGGAGGGAGAAGUUUACGCCAUUGAGACGUUUGGCAGCACGGGGAAAGGCGUGGUCCACGACGACAUGGAGUGCUCACACUACAUGAAAAACUUUGACGUUGGCCACGUCCCCAUCAGGCUGCCCCGGGCCAAGCACCUGUUGAACGUCAUCAAUGAGAACUUUGGUACACUGGCUUUCUGCCGCCGCUGGCUGGACCGCCUGGGCGAGACCAAGUACCUGAUGGCCCUGAAGAACCUGUGUGACCUGGGCAUUGUGGACCCCUACCCUCCACUCUGCGACACAAAGGGCUGCUACACUGCUCAGUUUGAACACACCAUCCUGCUCAGGCCAACCUGUAAGGAGGUGGUGAGCCGGGGAGACGACUACUGACACCUCACUCCGCUCCCUGUCCCCGUUAACCAGAAUCAGCUGCCGAAAGCCGGCCUGAAAGUGAAGAGAGGGAGGAAGCACAGAGGUAUUCUAAGCACACACUCUGUGUCCCUCUGUUGUUUGAAAUGUUAAAAAGUUAACUGUUAAACAGUUUGACCCCAAUAUUUAUGCUGAGCCGCCACAGAUCGAGCACAAAGCACAUACUCGCGGCUGAUCUCUGCAGACAUUCAAGCUCUCGGUGCUGUAGAAAUAGCGCUAUCUUCAGACAGACGUAUCUGCAGCUGUAUGUUUGGUUUCUGUUGCUACACAGGAGGGAGUUGCGCACUCGGACCCCAAGCAUCACUUUUGAUAUUGUAAAAUAUAUUUGGAAUGGCUGCUGCUGUUUGUGCUCAAUUAAAGGCUUCAUUUUGAACUCCC